UUCAGCCAAUUUGGCAUCACUUUAACUCUGCCUCUUCUCAUUGCCUUGUGGCAAAAAACACGAGAUUGAUAAUAUCGCUCGAAAUUUUAUAUUAUUGCCGGCGUCAUGCAUCCCGAUCUCACUGAACGUAUACUCCAGCAUGUGGACACUGCCGGACAGGUGGACACGCUGGAAUUGGCAAAAAUCUUUGGCAUUGAACAUCAAAAAAUUGUCGGCGCCUUAAAAAGUAUUCAGGCUCAUGGUGAUUUGGUCACAGCGGAGACGGUGACACACAAGACUCUAGAUCUAACAGAGGAGGGACGUGCAGUGGCUGAGAAGGGAAGCCACGAGGCUCUGGUCUAUGCUGCAGUGCCGCCAACCGAGGGCAUAGCCCAGGCCACACUUCUUGCCCAAGGAGGCCCAAAUGCCAAAGUAGGCUUCAGCAAGGCCAUGUCCCACGGUUGGAUAUGGUUGGACAAGAGUGCAACUCCCCCAGUGGUUAAGCGUAAGGUGGAUCAGAUUGAGGAUAAAGUGCAGUUCCAGCUUCAGAAAGUGGCCAAAGGUGAAGCCGGAGAGGACGUUGUGACUGCCAAAGAAGUGGCCGAAUACAAGAAACGAAAACUGGUCCAGGAGGUAACGACCAAGAGUUUCCUCUUGGGCAAGGGCAACGAAUUUGCACUGACUUUGACCAAAUUAGAAACGGAUUUGACAGUCGAAAUGUUGGCCAGCGGAUUAUGGAAUCAGUUGAAAUUCAAGUCGUAUAAUUUUGACGCUUUGGGAGCACCUCCCACCCGUGGUCAUUUACAUCCCUUGCUGAAAGUUCGCACCGAAUUUCGUCAAAUAUUUUUGGAAAUGGGUUUCUCUGAAAUGCCCACCAAUAAUUAUGUGGAAUCGUCUUUCUGGAACUUCGAUGCCCUGUACCAACCGCAACAGCAUCCGGCUCGCGAUGCCCAUGAUACUUUUUUCAUUAAUUUCCCAGCAAAAAGCUACAAGUUUCCUCAGGACUACUUGGAGCGGGUAAAAUCGGUUCAUUCCCACGGUGGCUACGGAUCCUUGGGCUAUGGCUAUGACUGGGCACUGGAGGAGGCUCAGAAGAAUCUAUUACGUACCCACACCACUGCUGUUAGUGCUCGCAUGCUCUUUAAGCUUGCCAAUCAGGAGGGAGGAUUCAAGCCAGCUAAAUAUUUCAGCAUCGAUAAGGUUUUCCGUAACGAAACUUUAGAUGCCACUCAUUUGGCUGAAUUCCAUCAGGUCGAGGGCGUCAUUGCCGAUGUGGGUCUUACUCUGGGUGAUCUAAUUGGCACUCUUUAUGAGUUCUUCCAGAAAUUGGGUAUCACGCAAUUGGAAUUUAAGCCCGCAUAUAAUCCAUAUACGGAACCUAGCAUGGAAAUCUUUUGCUAUCAUCCUGGUUUGUCCAAAUGGAUCGAGGUGGGCAAUUCGGGAGUUUUCCGACCAGAGAUGUUGCUGCCCAUGGGCCUGCCGGAGAAUGUCAAUGUGAUUGCUUGGGGUCUGUCCCUGGAACGGCCGACUAUGAUCAAAUAUGGCAUUAACAAUAUACGCGAUUUGGUGGGACCCAAGGUCGACUUAAAAAUGGUAGAGGAAGGACCCAUCUGCCGACUGGAUCAUGCGUAGAAUUUGCGAAUUGUGCUAUGCUUUUUUUUUACUCAAAAUUUAUUUAUAAUAAAUGUCACAAAUUUGAAAUGUUCAAAUAAAAACAAUCAAAGAACUAGACAAAUUAAA